AUUAUGGAGAAAGCAGAAGUAAGAAAUCAAACACCUAUUGUGGAAUUCAUCCUCUUAGGAUUUGGGAAUGUCCCUGAACUGCAGACCCUUCUCUUCCUCGUGUUUCUAGUGAUCUACUUUUUGACUGUCUCCGGAAACAUCCUCUUCGUUGCACUUGUUGUGGCUGAUCAGCAACUUCACAAUCCCAUGUACUUUUUAUUGGGGAACUUGUCCUGCCUGGAGAUCUGCUCCACCUCCACCAUCCUGCCCAGGCUGCUGGCCAGUCUCCUCACUGGGGACAGAACCAUUUCUGUUAAGGGCUGCAUUGUGCAAUUAUAUUUCUUUGGUAUCCUGACAAAUACAGAAAAUCUGCUGCUCACGGCAAUGUCUUAUGAUCGGUAUUUAGCGAUAUGCAAUCCACUCCGUUAUGCUGCUCUGAUGAAUGGCAGGGUUUGUUGGCAGCUUGUGGCAGGGUCCUGGUUAAGUAGCUUACUGCUUUGCACCAUAGUAAAUAUUUUCUUCUUCCAAUUAACGUUCUGUGAUUCCAAAGAAAUUGACCAUUUCUUUUGUGAUUUUUCACCCAUGAUAAAGCUGUCCUGUGUCGACACCCAGACUCUGGAACUGUUGACAUUUAUUAUCGCUGUCAUAGGGACAUUUGUGCCCUUUCUUCUGACUGUGACAUCCUACAUUUGUAUCAUCACCACCAUCCUGAGAAUCCCUUCUCGCAUCGGGAGGCAAAAGGCAUUUUCCACGUGCUCCUCUCACCUCAUUGUGCUUGCAAUUUUGUAUGUGACAGUAUUAACUGUCUAUAUAAUUCCAACAGCCAACACUCCCAAGGUCCUACAAAAAAUAUUCUCUGUCUUCUACACAGUCCUGACUCCUAUGAUCAACCCUGUCAUCUAUAGCCUGAGAAACAAGGAGGUCAAAGAGUCCCUAAGAAAAGCUAUUCUUAAACUAGUAUCUUAGAGAAACAGGCAUAGAAUGUAAAAGUAUCAAUUUUAGCAUAUAGUAAAUAGAGAUGAGGUGAUAUAGUUUCUUACUUGAGUCCUUGAUAGCAAGGUUACCCCUUUCUUUCUUUCUUUCUUUCUUUCUUUCUUUCUUUCUUUCUUUCUUUCUUUCUUUCUUUCUUUCUUUCUCUUCCUGUUAUUCUGCUACUUUUUGAGCAUUCAUCUUUCAUACAUUUAAUAGACAUUUCUUUUAUACAAAACUUUAUAUUGUAAGAAACAUUCUUUAUAAAAAUUGGGCUUUUUUUCCAAACUCAUGUUUCAGUAAAGCACUCUGGUUCAUUCAUCCAUACAUGAACACUAAUGUCCAAAUUCUGCACCCAUCUUUUGAGUGGUUUUGGGUCUCUUCCACUCCCACUGAAGCCAAUGACAUUCAUUCUCCACUUUUUAGGACCCUCCAUUUUCAUUUAUGCUUCUGAACAGUAGGUGAAAAAUAUUGCCUCCACAGUGAGUGGAGAACUUUGAUUGGGCAGUAUUCUAUGCAGAUCUGUAGCUGGGUAAACAAAAAGAUGAAAGUCUGUGGAGGGUUGGGAGUCUCAGUGUCCUGCCAUGUGAAAUUUCCCGCCUGUUCAUACAUCUUUGCAGGGUCAAGGCAACAUUAAAAUAUCUAUAUCAAUAGUGAUAUAAAUAUAGAUAUCAAUACAGAUAAAUGAAAUGCAAACAUAAGAUGUAUAGCCAAAAUUUUCAUAGCUCAUAAGACCCAAUUUCCCUCCCCAACCCAAAUAAAAAGAAAGGGAUGCAUUAAUAUGAAUAGGAAAUGAGCACUGAAAAUCACAAGGCAACU